CGAGAAAUGCAGCGCGAGACACACACCGAACAGCCCCAAGAAACCCCACCGACGCCACGCGCACUGGAAAAAGAGCACUGAAGAAAACAGCAGACGUUUGCGAAAGGAGCGACAGGAAAGGCGACCGCCGACGAGGUAAGAGGAAAAAUGGGUGGGAAGCUGAGCAAAAAGAAGAAGGGAUACAAUGUAAACGACGAGAAGGCAAAAGAGAAGGACGCCAAGACGGAGGGAGCGUCGGCGGAGGAGAACGAAGCUCUGAAAGACAAGGAGGAAGCUGCUGCCACCACGGAGACGACCAAUGACACAGCGGCAGCCAGCAAAGAAGCUACACCUGGUGCUGAAAGUAAUUCCAUUGCACCCAAGGAGGAGGAAAAAACCUCUGCACCUCCGGAGGAGCCUGCAGCUAAUGCUAACGCUCCUAAAGCCUCUGACAACAAGACCAGCGAGGCUGCCAAUGCAGAGGCCGCCAAGAGCCCUGAUGCCCCUCCCGCCAAAGCGGAAGAAAAAUCUGCCCCCUCUGCAGUUCCAGCAAAUGACAAAGAGCCUGCUAAAGAGCCCGCCCCUCCUGCUAAAGAUCCCACCCCUCCUGUAGCCACAGCGACGGAGAGCAAGGCUGACUCUGAGUCUAAAAAGACUGAGGCUCCGCCCGCAAAGGAAUCCACCCCUGCAGAGCCAAUCACCACGGAGUCAAGCACCGCCCCCAAUAAGGAGCAAGCAGUUGCUGUGCAGGAUUAACAGUGAACGACAAGAUUAAUGAUGGAAUGAAAACGGUCAAAUCUACAUAAUAAAUCUAGCCCGCCCAUUUUAAAUUCAGUAAUUAUAAUAUUAAUAAUGAUAAUAGUAACAGUAAUAAUUAUAACAGGCUGGACUUUAUCAUCGUUUGAGCGAUAGACAUGAUCAUGGUGAAUAAGACUGAUAGUUAUGAUGAUAAAGAUUAUCUUUAAUAUCCAAUUGAACUUUGAUACAAACCACCAGCCCCAAACACCUCUCUCUCUCUCUCUCUCUCUCUCUCUCUCUCUCUCUCUCUCUCUCUCUCUCUCUCUCUCUCCUUGCUUUCUACCUCCACUUAAUAAGGGGUGGAAUAAAAACAUGGAAUCUGUUCAUUACCACACUCCAAUUCUCACUUCCCUCCAUUUGAGUGUGAUGUGAUGGCAGUGGGUGGGGUUAAUGUAUAUGUGUGUGUGUGAUAGUAAUAAUAGUAAUCCAGCCUCCCUGAUUCAUAUUUCCUGUUUGCUGCUUUCUAGUUUGUGACUGGCAUUGUGUCUGCUUAUCCCGACUUACUUUGAUUCUCUCUCUCACUCUGUUCUCACGUAUCAGUGGAAAUAAAGUCAGUGUACAGCACAAUGCAUACAUACAAACAGGGUCAAAAAAUUAACACUCGCCAAGUGCCAAAUGAGCGUAACAAUAGCUUUGGCUAUUUAUUGGACAUAAUAAUAAAUAAAAAAAAUUCUUUUUUUUUUUGUUGAAUUGAACCCUUGUUGUUGAUUUAAAGGAAUAUUCCUGGUUUAGUCAAAUUAAGAUCAAUCAACAGCAUUUGUGGCAUAAUGUUGAUUACCACAAAAAAAAUUAUUUCGACUCAUCCCUCCUUUUCUUGAAAAAACAAAAAAGCAAAAAUAGAGGUUACAGUGAGGCACUUACAAUGGAAGUGAAUGGGGCCAGCUUUUGGAGGGUUUAAAGACAAAUGUAAAGCUUAUAAUUUGAUCAAAGCACUUACAUUAAUUCUUCUGUUAAAACUCAUGUAUUAUUUGAGCUGUAAAGUUGUUUAAAUCGUCAUUUUUACAGUCAUUUUAGGGUUUGUUGACUACAUUAUGGCAUUGAAGUUGUAAAUUUGGCUAUAACUUUACAUAGAAAAGUUAGUGAUUUCAUCACAUUAAAAUCACACUAACACACAUUGUUUACAUGUUGUGAUUAUACGUUUGAAAUGGUCAGUAUUUGACCAUUUACAGAUUGGCUCCAUUAACUUCCAUUAUAAAUGCCUCACUGUAACCCAGAUUUUUCCUUUUUUUUUUGUUUUUUUUUUAAGAAAAGGGGCAAGUCAAAAUAAAUUUGUUGUGAUAAUAUUAUGCCACAAAUGCUGUCGAUUGAGCUUAACAUUUAAUGUAAGUAAAUCAAAUACGUACAAGCCAUCUACCAAAGAAAACAUCUAAGUUCAUAACUUUUACCUCAGUGGAAGAUUUGCAAUCAGAAAUUUAUUUAGAACGCAUAGUUGUUUUUUUCCAGACCUCCAUGUGGCGGCACACAUGUAGAAUAUUCCUUAAGCAACCAAAUCGAAAAUAUACGGAGCAAAAUAAUGGUGUGACGUCUUUGUGGCAGGUGCAGUUUCACUGAGAGAUGAGGUCUGACUCAUCUUGUAUAUGAUGCUGCGAGUGCUGAUCACAAAUAUACAAAGAAUAAACAGCAAAAUAUUUCCAUGGUAGCAACAAAAAUAUAUUUUCUAAAAAAUAAUGCAAAAUAAAUUUUCAUAGCUGGUAAGAAAUAUUUAUGGCUGGUAAUUUUUUUUUUUUUUUUUAAUUCGACAGCCAUUGAAAUGCGUGGCAAAAGGUUAAUUUUGGGCCCUGCAUACACACAUAGACACACACAGUAUUGAAUGUUAGCGGCAUUAGUGUUUUUGUCUGGAUGUUUAAAGUGACAGUGAAAGAGUGUGCGUGUGUGUAGAGAUUGGGGGUAUGAAGUGAGUGUGUGUGUUGUAAAAAGUUAUGCAUGGUAUGAGCAUGGAUUUUGUGAAAAUGUUUGUGUGUGUGUUUGUGUUAAUGGAGUUCUGGUCUUUCUGUACUUUGAAAGAAGUCGUUUUCAUGAUGUCAGAGAGAGAGAGAGAGAGUCCAGACCUCUAAACUCACCAAACAGGACACUUUUCACAUGCACUGUUCUCGUUGUGAGGGCUGUGUGUGUGUUUGCAUGUCAGUGGUUGGCCCUAUUGCUGUGUAUUUUUGGUUGCUGUGGAGAUAAUGUUGCUACAGGUGAUAUUUCAUUUAAAUUAACUCUUUCUCUUUCUCUCUGUUCCUUUCUCUGUCCUUUCUCUUUUCAAUCCUUUUCUGAAACUCCCUGGUAAAAUAAAAAAAAAAUAAAAUGGAAGAACUGAGAUAUAUGUACUUGUAUACAUGGAGCAACAUUAAUAAAAUGAAAGAAACCGAUUGAAAAUCA